AGGACUGCCAGAGCUCUGGCCUAGUCUGUGUCUCCUGGUGGAUUCCUAAGCUGUCCACUUGUCCUAAAUCGGAAGGAGGUGGGGUCUGGAACCAAAAGGCUGGACAUUUAGCGAAUCUCAGAGAGGUUUCGCCUGGGAACGAGAGCAUUAGACAGAACUAAGACUAUGCGGUCCUCCAGGCCGCGGAGGGGAGCUGGCAGGGGUGCCGUCCCAGCCAAGCAGAAAGCGAGGACCAUGGGUGCCUGGACAUCCAGGACGCGGGUCCCCACGCCGGAGCCCGACCCCCAGGAGACCCUGGACCUGAGCCGUCUGCCUCCGGAGCUGCUCCUGCUGGUACUGAGCCACGUGCCCCCGCGCACGCUGUUGGUGCGCUGCCGCCGGGUGUGCCGCGCCUGGCGCGCCCUGGUGGAUGGCCAGGCUCUAUGGCUGCUGCUGCUCGCUCGAGACCACAGCGCAGAGGGCCGCGCCCUGUUGACACUAGCUCGCCGCUGCCUGCCUCCCACCCGCGACGACGCGCCCUGCCCGCUGGGCCAAUUCUGCGUACUAAGACCGGUAGGACGCAACCUCCUUAGCAACCCCUGUGGCCAAGAAGGCCUGCGCAAGUGGAUGGUGCGGCACGGUGGCGAUGGCUGGGUGGUGGAGAAGAACAGGAAACCUGUACCUGGGGCCCCCUCACAGACCUGCUUCGUGACUUCCUUCAGCUGGUGUCGCAAGAAGCAGGUCGUGGACCUGGAGGAAAGGGGUCUGUGGCCAGAGCUGCUGGACAGUGGUGGUGUGGAGAUUGCUGUCUCUGACUGGUGGGGAGCUCGACACGACAGUGGCUGUAAGUACCGUCUCUUUGUCACACUUCUCGAUGCUCACCAGAACGUCAUUGAUAAGUUCUCAGCUGUGCCAGACCCCAUUGAACAAUGGAACAACAAUAUCUACCUUCAGGUCACCCAUGUGUUCUCCAACAUCAGGAGGGGCGUACGUUUUGUGUCUUUUGAACACUGGGGCCAGGACACACAGUUCUGGGCUGGCCACUAUGGGGCCAGAGUGACGAACUCCAGCGUGAUCGUACGAGUCUGCCAGUCCUAGUCAAAAGGCCACCAUUUUGGCAAGACAAUCUCGACUGUGCCUUCCCGGAGCUGUCUGCUGGAAUCCCUCAUGAGUCAAGCACUGUCCGUCCCUGGCACAUGAAACUCUGGGUUCCAGUGAAGGGUCCUGCUUGAUCUUGUUUUCAGAGUCUGGAACACUGCAGUUCUCCAUCAGAUCUAUGGCUGCUGCUUUAGAGCAUGGGUGCCCGGGUGCCCAGGUGCCUGGGUGCCCGGGUGCAUGCUGAUCUCAGGUCACAAGCUGCCUCUAUUUCAGUACAGUCGCCCUCUUUGCCCUGUCCUCAAUAUUGAUCCCCUCCCCCUUUUUGAGCAGGGUGUCCCAGCUGGCUACAACCCUCCUGCCUUUGACACUCAUGUGCUGGGACUACAGGCACACACCAAUACCACUUAGUUUUGUGCAGUGCUGGGGAUGAGCCCAGAGUUUUGUGCAUGCCAGGCAAACCUACUACCUGAGCAGCACCCCCAGCAUCCCCUCUGGUUACAUCCUGUUUAUGCCUCAGGGACUUUCUCUGUCCCCUCACUGAAGCCGUCUACUUAUGGCGGAGCAUAGGAUUUAUAGCUCGCAAAUUCCAGCUCUCUUGGCUAAGGACCCAAAGCGCUCUUGGCUACAGCCAGGCCUCGUUGAAGGGUGUCUUGGGGUAUAUCUGCCCACAGAUUUUCUCCAAACAAUUAGGAAGUGCCUAGAGCCCAGGCCCUGUUCAUCAAAGAUGUCUAUAGUUGUGUAAUAUUUAAAGUUAUUUUUCAGUUUCUCAAGCAAUGAGAGAAUAAUAUACUGGCAAUAUCUGCCAAUUGCACUGUAAUAAAUUGAUUAUUUUGCCUAAA